AUGCCGUCCUCCAUCACGUGGCGCCUCCUCCUGCUGGCAGGCUGCCUGGUCCUUGGCUCCCUGGCUGAGGGUCUGCAGGGAGUUGCUGUCCAGGAGACAGACGAGCACGACCAGAAGGGAGCCAUCUACAAGAUUGCCCCGAACCUUGUGGACUUCGCUUUCAGCCUGUACCGCCAGGUGGCCCAUCAGUCCAACACCAGCAACAUCUUCUUCUCCCCAGUGAGCAUCGCCACAGCCUUUGCGACACUCUCCCUGGGGACCAAGGGUGACACGCACACCCAGAUCCUGGAGGGUCUAGAUUUCAACCUCACUGAGAGAGCAGAGGCCGAUAUCCACAAAGGCUUCCAUCAUCUCCUUGACGCCCUCAACCGGCCAGAUAACCAGCUGCAGCUGACCACUGGCAACGGCUUGUUCAUCGAUGAGAAUGCGAAGCUAGUCAGUAAGUUCUUGGAGGACGUCAAGAAGCUGUACCACUCAGAAGCCUUCAGCGUCAACUUCAAGGACUCCGAAGCGGCCAAGAAACAGAUCAACGAUUAUGUAGAGAAGGGAACCCAAGGAAAAAUUACGGAUCUGGUAAAAGACCUUAACGAAGACACAGUUUUUGCUCUGGUGAAUUUCAUCUUUUUUAAAGGCAAAUGGGAGAAGCCCUUUGAGGUUAAGCAGACCACCGAGGAGGACUUCCACGUGGACCAGGACACCACCGUCAAGGUGCCCAUGAUGAACCGCCUGGGCAUGUUUGACCUGCACCGCUGCGACACGCUCUCCAGCUGGGUGCUCCUCAUGGACUACGUGGGCAACGCCACCGCCGUGUUCCUCCUGCCCGACGAGGGGAAACUGCAGCAUGCGGAGGACUUGCUCACCAAGCAAGUCCUCUCCAAGUUCCUGGAAAAGAGAUACGUAAGGUCUGCCAAUUUACAGUUGCCCAAACUGUCCAUUUCUGGAACCUACGACCUGGCAACUGUCCUGGGCAAACUGGGCAUCACCAAGGUCUUCAGUAACGCGGCCGACCUGUCCGGCAUCAGUGAGCAAGAACCCCUGAAACUGUCCAAGGCCGUGCACAAGGCAGUGCUGACCAUCGACGAGAAAGGGACAGAAGCUUCUGCAGCCACGAUCCUGGAAGCCAUUCCGAUGUCGAUUCCCCCAACUGUCCAGUUUAACAGGCCCUUCCUCUUCAUCAUCUAUGAUAAAAACACCAAGAGUCCCCUCUUCAUGGGAAAGGUGAUGAAUCCCACUCAAAAAUAA